AUGGCGGCUGUUCAUGAGAUAAAUCGACGGGAGUUUGCCCCGUGGAACUGGGGUUGCGUAGGACCGAGGUCGGAUGGCCGGAAGAAGAUCCACACGACCUACCCGGAUGGCGCGGAGAUGGUCGAGGAGUACGAUGAGAAGACGGAUGUGCUGCUGGUUCGGAAGGUGCGGAAGCCGACAAAGGUGGGGAAGGAGGGGGAGUGGGUCUUCGAGGUGGGCCAGGCAUUAGAAGGCGCCUUCGACCCAUACUCGGACACCCUGCGGGCGUCCUCGAGCAACCCCCUGUUCCUUCGCAAGGACACGCCGGAGCACUUUCAGUGGCGCAUACGCAACCUCCCGUACCCGGCCGACGUGUACAGCGUGUCGGUGGACCAUGACAAGCAGGAGAUUGUGGUCAGGACGUCCAACAAGAAGUACUACAAGAGGCACGAGAAAAUCAGCCGCGUCAGCAACCGUUGCCGCACCAUAGUUCUAAGACCGCAAGCCCAGCCUGCCUGGUAA